AACGGUCUUGCUGCUGCUUGUGUUCAAGUCACAGUCGAUCCUCCUUCGCGACUUGCUUCCUCGUUCUUGACCACGACGGCGCCCUUCGGCGCGCACCUCAACGAACAUGGACUCACUCAUUCCAUUCACAACGUCUGGGUCGCUUGUGGAUUGCGUCGACAGGAAAAUGCUGGUUGUUUUACGGGACGGUAGGAAGCUCCAAGGAGUCCUGCGCUCGUAUGACCAGUUUGCGAACCUAGUCCUCGAAGACACUGUUGAAAGGAUAUAUUAUCGAGACUUCUUCGCAGAAGCAUGGAAAGGGCUCUUCCUGAUUCGUGGCGAGAACGUUGUGUUGCUCGGUGAAGUGGACCUGGACAAAGAGGACGAUGUUCCACUACGACAGGUUCCCUGGGAGGAGCUCUUGCCAUAUCACAGGCAAGAGAUUGCUGCGAAGAAGAAGCGUGAAGAGGUGAAAGCGCAGGUCUUGUUUGAGCAGAAGGGAUUCUGCAAAGAGGGCGGCGAGGGAGACGGCUACUGAGACCUGAGGACCUUGGAUGCACCUCCGUUUUGUAUCAUUGUUAUGUGGGAUUGGGCUCAGCAGAUUGGCAGAUUCAUUACGCCAGGAGCCGUCCUUGCUGUCGUCAUGUCGUAGUUUCAGUUGCACCAGCUACAUAUUAUCG